AUGGCCGCCAUUGUCUCCGCCCAGGAAAUGGCCCCUGCUCAAUCGCCGUCGCUGGUCACUGGCGCUGGGUUCUCCGUCCCAGCUUCCGGCGCCUUCGUUGCCGUCUCCGUGGUUGUGUCUCUGAUGGGCUUGUUGAAGAUGUAG